AAAAUAAAUAAUUCAAAAUUUUUGUAUAAAAAUAUACACAAUGAUCGAAGGUGCUCGUGCAUAUACAAGAUUGUCUAACACGGUAGGUGUCCCAACAUAGUCCAACCUAUUCCAUAUAUAUUUUUUUUAUUAUUAUAAUUUUUUACACAGCUUCCCAAACACUAAUUUUGCUCACAUAAAGAAAAACCCCACAAUAAUUCUACCGAACUCCAAUAUAUAAAAUAAAAUAAAAAAUAAAUUUAAACAUAUAAAGUUUGUUAUAAUUAAAAAAAAAAAAAAAAACUUACAAGGAUGGGAUGAUAUUUGUGAUUAAAGUUGUGUUCUUCAUACUAUUAGUAUUAUUUUGAUGGUGCAACUAAUGUGAAAAAGAGUGAUUAUAUUAAACAAAAUAUAGUAGUUUGUGUUAAAAAAAUAUAUUUAAAAAAAAAAUACUGUCAUUAAACGAUUGAUAGAAAAAUAUAUAAUUUUUACGGCAUCUUAAGACGAAUUUACUAACUAGUACACUUAUACCACACCUCCACCCGAGACUUGAACCUUUGUGGAGUAGGGCUGCACCGCAGGUUAUUUGGAAGUUUAAGUAAUAUUAGUAAAAUUUUUGCAAGACCCUUCCUGUUAAGUUCGUGUUAACAAAUGCGGGUAUCUAGUUCUCCAAGCGUACGCUGGUUUGGUGAUCCACCAUUGAUAUGAUAUGAUGUGUGUGGUUUGACAACAGUGGCAGCUCUGAAUUAUUUAUUCCAAGUAUGGGACACAGAAGCCAGGUUGGGAUUAUGGAACAUGAGUGGAGAUCCGUGCACUGGAACGGCCGUCAAUGGUACCGAUUUGGAAGACCCCGAUAAUAACCCCUCAAUCAAAUGCGACUGUACCUAUAAUGCUGCCACUACAUGCCACAUUAUACGACUGAGAGUGUAUGCUCUGAACAAACGAGGAGUAAUUCCCCAACAACUUGUGGCUUUGACUUACCUCAAAUUCUUGAAGAUUGAUCAAAAUUACUUCACGGGUCCUUUACCUUCAUUUAUUGGAAACUUAACUUCACUGGAGUUAUUGUCAAUUGCACACAAUUCUUUCUCUGGGACCAUCCCCAUGGAGCUUGGAAACCUCAAGGAACUAACAGUGCUGUCUUUUGGUUCAAAUAACUUCUCUGGAACCCUUCCUCCUGAAAUUGGAAGUUUAAUCAAAUUGGAACAACUUUACAUAAAUAGUUGUGGCGCGGGUGGUGAGAUUCCCAAAACAUUUGCCAACCUUCGGAACUUGCGUACCAUGUGGGCAUCAGACAGUCCAUUCACAGGAACGAUACCUGAUUUCAUUGGGAACUGGACAAUGUUGAUAUCUUUGAGAUUUCAGGGGAACUUUUUUGAAGGUCCAAUACCAUCUAGUAUUUCGAAUUUGAGCUCACUGAAUUCUCUGCGAAUAAGUGAUUUAUACAAUGUGAGCUCAUCUAUUGAUUUCAUCAAGGAUUUGAAGAAUUUGACUGACUUGGUUCUGAGAAACGCAUUAAUAUCUGGUAAUAUUCCAUCUGAUAUUGGAGAAUACCGAAGAUUAAAUACACUGGAUUUGAGUUUCAACAACUUAACUGGCCAGAUCCCAAGUGCAUUGUUCAAUUUGAGUUCUCUCACUUCCUUGUUUCUUGGAAACAAUAGCCUAUCUGGCACUCUUCCUUCCCAAAAAAGUGAAAGGCUUCGGAAUAUAGAUUUGUCCUACAAUGAACUGUCUGGAAGCUUUCCUACAUGGGUGACAUCAAAUUUACAACUGAAUUUAGUUGCCAACAACUUCACAUUUGAUAGUUCAAACAUAAGUGUCCUGUCAGGAUUACAUUGUCUCCAGAAAAGCUUUCCGUGCAAUAGGAAUACUCCACGUUAUGCCAACUUCUCAAUCAAAUGUGGUGGCAUGGAGAUGAGAGCUGCGGAUGGUAUACUGUAUGAGACUGAAAACUCUACCCUUGGCCCGGCAUCAUACUAUGUGACCAAUACAGAAAAAUGGGCUGUCAGCAAUGUUGGUGUUUUUUCUGAAAGAGAUAAUCAAACUUACAUUGAUACCACCUUGGCACAAGUUAUUGGCACAGACACUCCAGAGCUUUUCCAGACUUCAAGGAUAUCUCCGAGUUCGCUCAGAUACUAUGGUUUAGGACUUGAGAAUGGAGCUUACACUGUGAGCCUGCUGUUUGCUGAAAUUCUUUUUAAUGAUAGAAGCGCACAAACUUGGGAGAGUCUUGGUAGGCGUGUCUUUGAUAUUUACAUUCAAGGGAUUCUCCGACUGAAGGACUUGGAUAUAUCAAAAGAGGCAGGUGGAGUUGAGAGAGCAAUUCAGAAAGAUUUCAAUGUCACUGUAUCAGAGAACUAUCUUGAAAUUCAUCUGUUUUGGGCUGGGAAGGGGACUUGCUGCAUACCUGAACAAGGUGAUUAUGGGCCAUCCAUUUCGGCUCUCAGUGCUGUUUCAGACUUCGUACCUACUGUUAGUGGGAUUCCACCAACAACUGGAUCAAAGAAGAGCAAGACUGGGUUGAUUGUUGGUAUUGCAGUUGCUGUUGCAGUUGUCAGUCUAGUAUUGUUAACUGUUGUUAUAUACAUGAAAAGGAAAGGGUCAAAUGCUGACAAUGAGGAAGAGCUUCUAGGAAUAGGCCCCAGAGUAAACACAUUUAGUUAUGCAGAGUUGAAGACUGCGACCGAAGACUUUAAUCCUUCAAAAAAGCUUGGGGAAGGGGGCUUUGGACCUGUUUACAAGGGCACCUUAAUUGAUGGGAGAGUGGUAGCCGUGAAACAACUUGCAGUAGCAUCUCACCAUGGAAAGAGUCAAUUUGUAGCAGAGAUUGCUACCAUUUCUGCCGUGCAACACCGGAACCUCGUGAAAUUGUAUGGAUGCUGCAUUGAAGGAACUAAACGGUUGCUGGUCUAUGAAUAUCUUGAGAAUAAGAGCCUUGACCAAGCACUUUUUGGAAACAACAAUUUGCAUCUUGACUGGCCAACGCGUUUCAGUAUAUGCUUGGGAACUGCAAGAGGACUAGCUUAUCUUCAUGAAGAGUCGAGGCCAAGAAUUGUACACCGUGAUGUCAAGGCUAGUAAUAUUCUUCUGGAUGCAGAAAUCUGCCCCAAGUUAUCAGAUUUUGGAUUGGCCAAACUAUAUGAUGACACGAAAACCCACAUUAGCACUCGAGUUGCUGGAACUAUUGGCUAUUUGGCACCGGAGUAUGCAAUGCGUGGACACCUGACGGAAAAAGCUGAUGUGUUUGGAUUUGGGGUUGUUGCUCUAGAGAUCCUCAGUGGAAGACCAAACUCUGACAAUAGCUUGGUCACCGAGAAAAUUUAUCUUCUUGAAUGGGCUUGGAAUCUACAUGAAAAUAACCGAAGUUUGGAGCUGGUGGAUCCAACCUUAACAGAGUUUAAUGAAAGUGAAGCCACACGUAUAAUAGGAGUGGCCCUUUUGUGUACUCAGGCGUCACCAUCUAUGCGGCCCCCCCUGUCACGCGUGGUGGCCAUGCUUGCCGGAGACAUUGAAAUAAGCAGUGUUACAUCAAAGCCCAGUUAUUUAACAGAUUGGGAUUUCAAAGAUAUAACAAGUAGCUUUCUACACGACGAAACUUCAACCCCAUCUGCAUCUCUGAGUAGUAACAACCAACAUGAUGGCCAAAAUAACAAUCCAAGCACUGUAGUUGAUGCUAUACCCUCUCCAAUUAAUCUUACUGAACCAAUGCUUAGUGAGAUUAUUCGAGAAGGAAGGUGAGGUUUGAACCUCGUCACUUCAAUUUAUGACUAGUACAUGCAUGAUUAUGUAAUAAUGCUUGUAUAAAAGGAUUUUUUUUUUUUUUUUUUUUCUCAUUUGUUGUAACAUUUUGAGCUUCAGAUGAUUGCUAAAUUUGAAUAGUUGAAACUACA